CGUCAGUGGUCGCUGAUUGGCUGGAUGUGUCCCGCGUGUUGUCCUUGAUGGUGACCGGAACUAACUGCUUGGGAUGCUGAAUGCGACCUGCCGCCUGCUCCCUCGGGGGCCCCGGGACCUCCUCAGCUUGGGGUCCCUGAGUGUGACCCCGACACGGGGCACGGUUGUCGUGGAGAGAUGGUGGCAGGUACCCCUGGCCAAGGAAGGAAAGGAGCCAUAUCUGCACCCCCGGAGACAUCGGAUUUUCAAGUUGGUGGAGGACAGAAAGCACCAGAAGAAGGAUAAAAUGGAGCUGAUUCUUACUCAGACUGUUCACCAGCUUGGUGGACGUGGGCAGACCGUCUUAGUGGAUAAAGCCCUUGGUAGGAACAAGCUGUUGGCGCAGGGUCUCGCAGUCUAUCCGUCACCGGAGAACAAGCAGAUGUUUGAGGAAGAGAAGAGGAAGCUACAGGAAGGUGUUGGAGGCCAGAAGACUCAGACGUGGACGGGGGAAAUGACUGUGAAAUUUUUACAAAAUUCCCGUCUGGAGGUCGGCAUGAAGAACAACGUGAAAUGGGAGCUGAAUAAAGAGAUCGUGAGCAGAAACUUCCUGAAAAACCUGGGAGUUGUGGUUCCAGUAGAGGCCUUGAAGAUUCCAGACGAGCCUAUAACGAGAUGGGGAGAGUACUGGUGCGAGGUGACGGUGAAUGGUAUCGACGCGGUGCGGAUGCCAAUGUCUGUUGUGAACUUUGAGAAACCGAAGACCAAACGUUACAAGUACUGGCUGUCUAAGCAGGCGGCCGCGGAGCCGAAAGAGCCGAUGUCGGACGGCGGACCCGAGUGACGGGCAGAGGCAGGCAGGACAUGGGAUUAUCCGCCGUGGUCGAUGCGGUUUGUUGGGCGGUCGAUCCGUGGUUUUGUUGCGUUUUGUAACACAAGACCGGCUGUUCUGGCACCGGGAGACCCGAGACUUUGUGCUGCCGCUCAUACAGGACGUUUCUAGGAAGCGGGACGCGGCUCCUCUGGCCAACAGUCCUAACGUUGUCUCGGUUGUAAAGAA